UAGAGGUACAAUGAUUUAAACAGUGCAGACAUUACUAAACAUAAACAUCUAUUUCAAAGAUGAGAACUGUCUGCUGCCAUGUGUUAUUGUUCUAUUUAUCUACAAUUAUAACAGAGGAAUUUAGUUAUGCUCAAUGCCAACAACAAGAUUCAUCACCAUUACUGUUUCUUUAUGGUCUUGGUUCAGGAAUCACAAUAGGAAGUUCCAUAUAUCCAACAUGUCCAAAAUGUACAACAUGUCCAAAAUGUCCUACAUGUCCGAUUGCCAGUUGUCCUUUGACACACCAAUCCACAGUGACAUGUCCUCCCGCUGUAUCCAUAUUGCCAAAUACCAUUGAACCAUGUCAAUGUCCUACAACAACCACAAGUCAACCGUGUAAUCCAAACGAAUUGCAAUCCUUGAGAGAUGAAAUUGUGGACUGGAAUUACUGUCAAACUAUAUCUAAUACAGCAGACUGCGAUGCUGAUCCUAGAUGUUUUCAUAAUAUUAACUGUGGGCCCAUACAAAAUAAAUGACGC